CCCGUCGAAACUACUCUCUCUUCUCGACAUCCUCAGUUGGGGCGGGGCAGCGUUCGAGCGGCAAACCAGUCGCCUUCACACAUUUCACCAGCAAUGCACCAGCCAUCCAUGCUACGCCAUCUGCUUCUGCUCCUCUUAGCCAUUGUCUGUGUGCUGGCAUAUCCAUCGUUGGAUGACGCGAGGCAAGACGUUGAUCCGGCAUACAUGGAUUCAUGGCAGGACGCUCCUGUAUUCCGCGGACCGUACCAGAAACGAUGGGCUAAUCAAGUACGAUUCGGGAAACGAGCAAGUUGGGCAUCGUCAGUUCGGUUUGGCUAAAUCGCAAAUCACUGUCACGCUGCCCUACCUUCACUAAAGAAUCAUAUUAUUCAUAGAAUGUCCGCUGUAGAAAUGUUUUUGCAAAUCAAUUUGACGCUCUUGAUCUCGCGAAUUGAUCUGACUUUGCUUACUUGCUGUGUUCCUAGUGACUGUUGCCAGAAUAAACUACGCCUUUGUUGUUUUUUCUUCUCGUUAUCGACGAUUCGGCAAUGAAUUCUAGAC